UCAAACAGCUUUCAGUUUUACCACUCCCUCUUGUUUAAUACAUAUGUCACUUUAUUUAUUGGUGCUAUUCAUGCAGAUAGACAUUCACUUCUAAGGAAUAAAAGGUCCAUAAUAAGAACUGAGCAGCCAAUCCCAGGUACGGAAUCUUUGGUGUCAAAGAUGACUUUAAGGAUAAUUAGCCUUGACCUCCUUAAGACUGAGAACAGAAGCCAUCAUCACACCUCUACAUAUACCAAUACCAGCCUUAUUUUAAGAAGAGGGCAAGAGUUCAAAUUUAAAAUAACUUUUUCCGAAGAGCUCACAAGUGAUAUUCCGAUAGAGCUGCACUUUUCGACUGGUACAACACCAUUGCUAUCCAACGGAUCUCUUGUACUAAUCAAAGUAAAUGCUGAAAGCACAAAAAAACAAUGGAGAGCAAAAAUUUGCGAGAGCAACGGAAAUGAGCAUGUGGUUGAAGUCUGUAGUCCCGCCAAUGCCAUUGUUGGAAUAUACUCUCUAUCCAUACUGACUGGGAGUACUGCUUGCUUCUACUCAACAGAUCACAUUUAUCUGUUGUACAACCCAUGGUGUGAAGAUGAUGAUGUCUAUAUGCCUAAUGAAGAUGAAAGACAGGAGUAUGUUAUAAAUAACACAGGUUAUAUCUUCAGGGGAUCAUACAAAAAUAUCAAAGCAAAGCCCUGGAACUUUGGACAGUUUGAAGACAAUGUGCUGGACUGCUGUAUGUAUCUGAUGGAUAUUGGUGGGCUUAAACCUUCAUCAAGAAGAAAUCCAGUAAUUAUAUCCAGAAAAUUCUCUGCCAUGAUAAAUUCAAAUGAUGAUAAUGGAGUCCUAACUGGAGACUGGUCUGGAAAUUACCCUGAUGGCACAGCCCCAGUGGCCUGGACAGGAAGCAGUGCUAUUCUGAAGAAGUAUUACAAGGAAAAGAAGCCUGUCCUUUAUGGGCAGUGCUGGGUUUUCUCAGGAGUUGUCACAACAGUGAUGCGAUGCAUUGGAAUCCCGGCAAGGUGUGUGACCUGCUAUUCUGCAGCACAUGAUACAGAAGGGAACCUGAGAGUUGAUGCCUACUAUAAUGAAAGUGGAGAGCCACUGAGUCAUAUGAACAAAGAUUCUGUGUGGAAUUUUCAUGUAUGGAAUGAAGUGUGGAUGAAACGGACUGACCUUCCCCAAGGAUAUGAUGGCUGGCAAGUGAUUGAUGCUACUCCACAGGAACGUUACCAGGGUAUCUUCCAGUGUGGCCCUUGCUCAGUGACUGCCAUAAAGAAAGGACAUGUAUAUCUGCCAUACGAGGGUAGCUUUGUGUUUGCGGAGGUGAAUGCUGACAAGACCAACUGGAUGGUACAUGAGUACAAUAUUAAAGGACCACACACCCUAUUAAAGGAAGAAAGAAGCUCCAUUGGAAAAUUCAUCAGCACAAAGAAGGUCAAUAAAUCUCUGAGAGAGGAUAUUACAUCUCAGUACAAGUUUGAUGAGGGGACAGAAGAAGAGAGGGAAGCGUACCAGAGGGCUUGCUCCUAUCUGAAUGCAGACAAUCCCUCCAGCUGUGAAAGAAGUGCGCCUGCUGUACAGGGAAUCAAAGUCAAAAUUCAUCGUGGCCAUGAGUUAUAUCCUGGAAAUCCUUUGAAUGCACUUGUUGAAGUUACAAAUAUAACAGAUGGGGACAAAACCGUGGAUGUUAUUAUUAGCUGCCAGCUACAAACCUAUACUGGCAGAAUAACUGCCAACUUGACAUCUGCUAGGAAAACAGUGGAAAUCAAAAAGAAACAAGUGGCUUCCAUUCCUGUAACCAUCGAAGCUGAUCUGUACAUGAAGUCUGUCAUGCAGGUGGAUGAUGAGCUUGCCAUUAGGGUUAAUGUGAUCACUGAAAUCCAAGAGCUAAGAGAGAGAAGCUUCAAGUCUCGCAUCAUACAUUUCCAUUAUCCACCAAUAGAAAUGGAGGUUCCAGAAACUGUAAAGACUGGUCAACAAAUCACGUGCAGGUUUUUAUUUGACAACACUCUGAAUAUCAAACUGGAGAACUGUGAAAUGAAUGUGGAAGCAUUAGACAUAUUCCACUUGCAACGGGUUGCCGAGUGGGACCUAAACCCUGGAGAAGCUUUGAGCUUCAGGAUUAAAUGCAGACCAAAGAUAACCGGGGAGAAGAAAAUAGUGGCUGACUUCAUUUCUACCCAGAUCAAAGGCAUCACAAUGGAGAAAAUAAUUCAUGUCACAAAUUAAAAAUAAAUUCCAGUAUUUUUGUGUAUCUUUAGGACCUGAGAUUAGUGAAAGUUAGAAAGCAAGUUAUUCUAUCAUCUCCCAAUAACAUUAUUCACAUAUAGUCCCUUGGUUCUGCCUUUCUCUCACAUUCCACUUAUCUGUGUAGAUUUGUGCUUUAGAUACACCAAAGUAGGGUUUCGGAUUCAGAAAAUGUUCUUAGCAAAGUAUUAAUGAAAGUGUAAGUCUAAGCAGCUUUCCAAUUAUAUAUGAAUGCAAUUGAAUAACAAAUAGAUCACUGAUUUUGAAGGGAUGGUUCACCUUUAAGGUAACUUUUAGUAAGGUUUAGAAUGGCCAACUUGUCAACUGGUCUUUAUUUUUUCAUUAUUUUCCCUUCUUCCUCAAAUAAAGCUCACUGAUCUCAGCA